AUGGAAAGUUCCAUGAACAAGCGAGGAUACGAAUGCAGUCAAGAGGAUACGGACAACUUGCCAGAAUCAAAGAGACAAAAAGCACCUGCUUUGGCAAGUGUCAUUGUGGAAGCUGUCAAGGUAGAUAGUCUGCAGAGGUUAUGCUCGUCUUUGGAGCCGUUGUUUCGUAGAAUUGUUAGCGAAGAGGUGGAACGAGCCUUAUCAAGGUUGGGAAAUGCAAAGUUAACGUCGAGGUCACCGGAACCAAAGAGGAUCCAAGGCCGCGAUGGAAGAAUCCUGCAACUUCACUUUAGGACACGAAUGCCUCCUCACUUAUUCACAGGUGGGAAAGUUGAGGGAGAGCGAGGCUCAGCCAUUCAUGUGGUUCUUAUAGAUGCAAACACAGGAAAUGUAGUCCAAACAGGAGAAGAGUCUGCUUCAAAGCUGAAUGUUGUCGUGCUAGAGGGAGACUUCAAUGAUGAGGACGAUGAAGAUUGGACGAGAGAGCACUUUGAGAACUUUGAAGUGAAAGAGCGAGAAGGGAAACGCCCAAUCUUGACAGGUGACACACAGGUGAACCUCAAGGAAGGUGUGGGAACUUUAGGAGAGCUUACUUUUACCGACAACUCGAGUUGGAUUAGGAGCAGAAAGUUUAGGCUUGGUGUUAAGGCGGCUACAGGGUAUGGUGAUAGCUAUCGCAUUCGUGAAGCCAAAACAGAACCUUUUGCUGUUAAAGAUCACAGGGGAGAAUUAUACAAGAAACAUUAUCCACCAGCUUUACACGAUGAAGUCUGGAGACUGGAUAGAAUAGCAAAAGACGGUGUGCUGCACAAGAAGCUAUUGAAAGCUAACAUCGUGACAGUCGAAGACUUCCUCCGUCUUCUUGUUAAGGAUCCACAGAAGCUAAGAAACUUGCUCGGGAGUGGAAUGUCGAAUAGAAUGUGGGAGAACACGGUGGAGCACGCAAAGACAUGCGUGUUGGGAGGGAAGCUUUAUGUGUUUUACACAGACCAGACUCACUCUACAGGCGUUGUCUUCAAUCAUAUCUAUGAAUUCCAAGGCCUAAUUGCAAACGGACAGUUCCUAUCUCUGGAGUCUCUUAACCAUGACCAAAAGAUUUCUGCAGACAUUUUGGUGAAGAUGGCUUACGAGAACUGGCAUAAAGCUGUUGAAUACGACGGUAAGCUGUUGAAUUGCUUACCAGUUGCCGAGAAAAAAGUAAAAAGCUUACCUGAACCAAAAAUAGCCAUGGCACAAACAGCUCAGAACCAUCAGCAGCUAUAUAACCAGACUAAUAGGCAAACUGUGCAGUGUCAUCAGAAUGUUCUUACCUAUUCAUUACUCCCUCAACCGAUCGAAUAUCCUCAGUUUGAGCAACAUUGCAGCCAAUUAUUACCCUCAUUACCUUGCAACUUACAUGACUACAACAGGUCGAUGGAAAGUUCCAAUGUUUCAGGCUCAUACAACGGAGAAGACUGGUGUAAACCAAGAGCUGCAGGACAAGGUCUUGAAGACAUUUUCAGUGAAGAAAUCAGACUAAGGAGCUCUGAGAUGCUUGAGACUGACGAUAUGCAGAGACUCUUGAAGACGUUUGGGAUCGGUGUGAACACUAUGGGAACACAAGGUGGGUUUGGCCAUACCGAUGAGUCUUGUUACGGUUAUAACAUCCCGUACCAAGCUCAGGUCGAUAACACGUAUAGGAGAGAACGUAACAGAGGCUCGGGAAAAGCUGUGGUGGGAUGGCUUAAGCUUAAAGCUGCUUUGAGAUGGGGUAUCUUCAUACGCAAGAAAGCUGCAGAAAGGAAGCCUCAGAUUGUGGAGGUCGACUGA